UUUAUCAAUAGUCUAUAUAUCCUCUUCGGCUUUAUUCUCCUUUCCCAUGUCAUUCCAGUCCAACAAGAGAGCUCUCGCUCCUCGCUGAGUAAUUGUCAUAACAGAUUCGACAUCGUUUCUUUUCUCAUUGGGAGCUCCAGAUUUGGUAAAAUGGCGAGACCAGAAGCUGCUCUCAUCUGUCUCUUGAUCAUGGCUAUGGAUAUCACAGCCGGAAUACUUGGAAUCCAAGCAGAAAUUGAUCAGAACAAGGAGAAACAUAUAAGGCUGUGGAUUUUUGAGUGCAGAAACCCAAGUUAUGAAGCUUUCAAGCUGGGAUUAGUAGCAGCAGCCCUUCUGGCACUAGCCCAUGUUCUUGCAAACUUGAUUGGCGGGUGCGUGUGUAUUUGUUCCCAGAUGGAGUUGGAAACAGCUUCGGCUAACAAGCAAUUAGCAGUGGGUUGCCUCAUCCUCUCCUGGAUCAUAGUAGGCGUUGGAUUCUUGAUGCUGAUCAUAGGGACGAUGGCAAACUUGAAAUCAAGAAGGUCUUGCGGGAUCUCGCACCAUCACUUCCUGUCUAUCGGAGGGGUUUUGUGCUUCGUCCACGGACUAUUUUGCACUGCAUAUUAUGUUUCGGCCGCUGCAGCCAUCAAGGAGGAAGAAGCGUCCCAAAGGAGACAGAAUGUAUAAGUGUUUCUCUUCUAAAUUAUGUCGUCCUCUCCUCACCUUCAAUGAUGCAAUUCACUGGUCUUUUCUUAUCUGAACAAAAAUAACUGGUCUAACUUGACAUGUCUGUAACCCCAGAGAAACAAUUUGUUAACAUAAUUUUGCUUUUCGCUUCUUUACCUACCACAAAUUAAAGAAAUGUACCAUUAAUUUGGUAGAAUGUUGAGGAAAAUAAAAACAU